GAGAUCUUGACGGGAGAAGGUCCACAACUGGAUACAUCUUUACCCUCGUUGGCAGUGCCGUUAGUUGGAAGUCGACUCUGCAGUCGAUUGUCGCUUUAUCUACGAUAGAAGCAGAAUACAUGGCAGCAGCAGAGGCGGUGAAGGAAGCUAUUUGGUUGAAAGGUUUAGUAGCGGAAUUGAGUUUGAGAUUUCAUGAGCGCACUAAGCACAUUGAUGUCAGAUUUCAUUUUAUUCGAGAUGUUGUUGAAGAGGGAACUAUCAAGGUCGUGAAGGUUAUCACAGACGAUAAUGCUGCAGACUUGUUGUCCAAGAUAGUCCCGCUCGCUAAGUUUGCACACUGCAAGAACUUGGCGGGGUAUACUGCAACUGCAUAUGAUAAGAUAACAGCAAUAAAGCAAAUGAAAAGGCAAGCAAAAACCGAAUUUCUUGCUGAACUGCAAAUUUUGACGCGCGUUCAUCACCUGAACCUGGUGUGCUUGAUAGGAUAUUGUGUUGAAAGGUAUCUUUUCCUUGUAUAUGAGUACAUUGACAAUGGUAAUCUAAGCCAACAUUUACAUGGGAGGGACACACUGCCAUGGUCAACGAGGGUGCAAAUUGCAUUAGAUUCUGCCAGGGGUCUUGAAUAUAUACAUGAACACAGUGUCCCCGUUUGCAUUCAUCGUGAUAUUAAAUCAGCAAAUAUUCUGAUAAACAAAAACUUCCAUGCAAAGGUUGGAGAUUUUGGCUUGACGAAACUUGUUGAAAAUGGAAAUUCAACGUUGCCUACACGUUUUAUGGGUACAUUUGGGUACAUGGCACCAGAGUAUGGUCGUUCAGGAAUUAUCACACCUAAAGUAGAUGUCUAUGCUUUUGGCGUUGUCCUUUAUGAAUUGAUUUCAUCCAAGGAAGCGGUAGUCAAGGAAGAUGGUGUAGAUGAUGCAAGAAGCCUUGUUGCUUUGUUUGAAGAAGCUCAUAAUCAUCCAAAUCCAAUUGAAGGCAUUUCCAGAUUGAUAGACCCCAAACUCGGCGAUAACUACCCCUUUGAUUCAAUCCACAAGAUGGCACAGCUUGCUAAAGCUUGUACAGAGAAAGAUCAUCAAAUGCGUCCAACUAUGAAAUCAGUAGUGGUUGCGCUUAUGGCAUUUUCAUCAUCGACAGAGGAUUGAUAAUUUGAUGUUCUGGUUUGGUCCUGUAGUGUUUCAUGAAGAAGAAUUUCUUGAAAUCAAGAGCUUAAUUUCGACUUCUUUUAAAGAUGUUCAGAGAAAUAUUAAGAAAAAAUCUAGUAUUUGACUUCUCAGAUUGUUAUAAUCAAUCUUUUUUGGGA